AUGCGCCGUCCGUGGCCAGCUCUUCUCCUACUACUUGCUCAAUAUUCGUUGGCCUGUAUUGAUGUAUUGUUUGUAAUUGAUAAUAAAACUUUGGAGGUAUCAAGGAGUCGGGCAAUUCAGGUAGCACGACAGAUUCCAGAAGACCAACAGAUCAGGAAGUGGGUUGUGCUGUCUAGGGAUGAUAGAUAUGUUCCGAGAGUGUUAAGGAACAACGCUGAACUCCAAUCCGUUUUGAGCACUAUUCAUGGAGAUUACGACCGAUUUUUGGAGAUCGCAACCGGAGAAAUAGCUAGAAGAACCGCAACCUUCCAACCCUUUGUCAUCCUCCUUUUCUCCGAGACUCCCGUCAAUCAAACCAUGACAAAUAUGUGGAGAAGUAUCUCCUUGGCUCCAGCACUUCAUAUCUAUAGAAUUGGAAGUUUCCAGAGAACUAACAGAAUGCUGUCAGAAGACCAAGAGACAGAUUUUGAGAAUCUCAUCCUUUGUGGUCGCAACAAAUCAGAAGUGUUCCAUAACGAGUCAAGUAAGUUCAGCGGAGGAAAUGAGAUCAGAAGAAGUCCAACUUCAACACCUCGUGCAUGGACAUCGACUCGUGAUCCAUUCGUUCGUCGUCUCACUUUCUAUGAUGCUUCAAGGACCCUCAUAGAGGAAAAGAAACGACAAGAGCAACAGGAGAAACUGCGUCAGUUGCCUCAAGUCACUUUUACAAGAACUUUCAAGAAAAUGACCACAAAGUCAAUGAGCACUACUACAACUAGACCAAAAGUCACAAGGAGUCCUUUUAUUCACUUCAGAACUCCAACGAAAUACGACUCCCAGAAACCUUUUGGGAAGAUUCAAACUACUACAAGAAAGCCGUCUGUUCCAUAUUGGAAUACUCAAAGACAGUCUGUGAGCCACCCCGACUCUACCACACCUUCCCCAGCUCCUGCCUCAACAAUCGACUUCCCACCCAGGAAACAUGAAGGAGGAGAGGAAUUCAGUGGGAGAAAUUUCAAGGUCCGAUCAAGAAGUGUUCAUUUCGCCAUGACAGAAAAACCUCCAGUGACCACUACGAUGAAUGUGAUGAAGUUUUUCUCCACAUCAAGAACUCCACUGACCACCGCGAAACCUUUGAUUCCUUUCGCUUGUACUGCUGAUGUAUUUUUCCUGGUCGAUUUGUCCCAGGGUACCGGUGAUAAAAGUCAGCAGUACCUGGACAUCGCCGCGUCCGUUAUAAGUUCCCUUCCAAUAUCUCAGGAAGCAGUUCGUGUCGGAUUGAUAAGUUAUUCAGGACCAGGAAGAACACACGUUAGGGUGUACCUGGAUAAGCAUAAUGAGAAGGAGAAGCUUAUUGAAGAAAUGUUCCUAAUGGAGAGACAUGGCGGCACCACCAGAACCGCAGAUGCAAUUCGCUACGCCACAAAGAUUUUUGAGGGAAUGGCUCACCCUGCUAGACGAAACGUGAAGAAAGUUCUAGUGGUAUUCACAGAUGGAUAUUCACAAGAUAGUCCGAGAGAUGCUGCAAGAGUCGCCAGAGCCAAGGGGUUGCAAUUGAUAGCAGUAGCGGUGAAGGAUCGGUUGGCGCCACCGGAUGAGGAGCAGUUGGCUGAGAUCGGAGGGCAUGCAAGGGUAAGGAGAAUAGAUAGAAUGGAAACGACGGUUCUGUUUCGUGUCAGUUUUUAA